UGUAUGCUCUGUGCGCAGCAGCAUGAACCAUGAAUCACUUCUUUUCUUGUAAAUGGUAAUCUCAGAAAGCGACAGUCUGCGGACAGGUCGCUAAAAUUCAUGCCUCCCUUCACUAAACGCCCGUGAAGGGACUUUUACAGCAGGAUCUGAGGGAAUAGCUAUAGAUGCUUUAUCACAUGGAUCGGAUAUGGCUUCUUGUUUUUCUGGGAGGUUUCGUGGUACCAGAGUUGCAUCAUGUUUGGGGAAUAGAAAUUUAUACUACAAAGGAGGUGGAAGCAGUCAAUGGGACCAAUGUGAAACUGAAGUGCACCUUCAGUUCCACUCAUCCCGUGUCACCUCAGACAGUUACAGUAUCAUGGAUGUUCCGGCCCAUUAAUUCACAAAUUGCUGUGCGUAUGUUUUACUAUCAAGAGGUUCCAUAUCCUCCUGAUCAAGGGCUUUUUAAAGGGCAUGCAGUGUGGUCAGGAGAUAUAAAUGGAAAAGAUGCCUCCGUCACCUUGCAUGAGGUCCAGCCCACCUUUAACGGUACCUACAUCUGUCAGGUGGCCAACCCUCCAGAUGCCCACGGCAAUACUGGAGAAACCGUCCUUAGAGUCGUCGACAAAGUAUCCCUCUCUGAGAUUGGCCUCCUGGCAGCCAUUGUCGGAGGUUCCUGCGGCGUCAUCCUGGUCCUCCUUAGUAUCUUUGUUGCUGUGAGGUUUUACAGGAGGAGACAAAAGGAGAGGUUCACUGAGAUGGAAAUUGCCGAGUACAUCAAGAAAGAACCCACUGUGUGUUCACCUGCAGAGGCAGUUCACCUGACAGCUCUGAAAAUGGAAAUAGAAGUUGGUAGUUCGGACGACCAGGAGUCUAAACCAAGCAAUGGGGAUGAUAAAGAGGAGAAAGGUCUUGGGGAUGGUGACGAUGAGGAUGACGACAAUGAUAAACCUAAUAAGAUGAUUAAAUAAAUUACCAUUCUAGUAAAAGAAACUGAAAUAUUUGUGUUGCACAAUUCAAUUUAAAUGCUCAUUAUAAAAAAGUUUGACAACCAGAGAUACAGUCUAAAUGCAUUUGCUAAAUCUUUUUUUAAACAUUUUCUUCGGUGAAACUUGACCCUAGUUUUGCUCAGAGUCAGCUUUACUUUAGUAUUUAGUGCCUCCAGCCUCAAGCAAAGAUACAAGAUGAGAUAAAAACGUUUAAUAUUUUUCGCCUACAUCCCUCUGAUUUUUGCCUGAGCUAUAAUAUUUAUUGUACCAAACAUCACUGACCAAACAAACAUUGCAAAAGGCAUUUUAAAAUAUUUCACAAUAGAGAUGCACAGACAAAUCAGCUGGUGACCAGCUUGACCGGCCCUGAUCGGUCACCGUCCGGUUGGAAACUCAAAUAUCGGAUCUUUUUCCAGUCAGUGAAUGCUCUGAGACAUUCCUGAGCACCUCCAGGUCACGCUAACAACAACACUCUUCGGUGUGGAAGUUUUUACUGAAGGAAGAAGACUCAAAGUUAGUUAGGCUAUUUUUUUUCUGCAUCACUACUUUGUUUCAAGACAAUGACAGGCUUUUAAGGGAAGCUAUAGUUUCUACCGAGUCAUGUUUGUGGUUUGUUGAGGCUGAUAAUUUGAAACAGAAGGUGUAAUACAGACACGCUGUUUUUUUUUAUCCUUAUGAGCUUCCAGCCUCUUCCUGUUUAUGAUUGAUUUAGAAUUAUUAGCACCCGUUUGGAAAUCCCAAGAAGGUAAGGGUAUAUAUUCUUGUAUUAAAACACAUUGACUGUUGUUUACAAUUACUAAUGCUAACUGCUAAUUCCUAGACUACAGUACUAAAGACAGUUUAAAUGUAAAAUUUGUAACAAUUUCAUUUGUUUUAUACUUAAUAUACUUAACCCUUAAACAGAUGGUGUGAUGUAGCCUCUACUCCAGACCAUAAUUACAGACCAUUUAAUUUAAAAUGUAUUUUCAAUUUUGUUCAUUACAGUUUUGAAAGGAGCAAUUGGAAUCAGCUAAAAUUUGCCUUUUUAGCUUUACGAAACAGUAGAUUAGAUAUCGGCCACAAAACUUUGAUCGGUGCAUUUCUAUUUGAAGAAUCUUCUUUGAGAGCAACUGAACUGUUAUACUGUUUUUUAAAAUGUAAACAAAUUUUCCUUAGCAUUUGAAAGUGUUUUAAAUUUCUUUCCUGUUUUAUUGCUCUUGUUUGAUAUUUGUGUAUGGUUUCUUCUGUAGUGUUGGAGCUGUGUCAUAAAGUUGUUUGUGCUAAUUUAAAUAGUUUUCCACAGAUUGUGUGAAAUUUCUUUCCUGGACCACAGUUCUCGAGGUCCAUGAAUUUUAAUGCAGCAUAAGUGAACUUUAAGUGAUUUUUGUAAAAAUACAUUUUCUUUUCAUUUUGGCUUCAUACCUAUAUUGCCUUACCAGUGCAGCUAAUGUUUAUCUGUGUAUGCUGUAUCUGCUGUUGCAGCAUCCAACAUGUCUUCUCUUUCUAAGAAUAGAUGAGUGAUGUUUUUGAGAUGUUGAUAGAAAUAAAGGAACAGGAUAUCUUGCCCUUAUUCCUUGCUUGUCAAAAAUUCACAUUGAGCAACACAGGUGAAUGGCAUAUUCUUGUGUUUCCCACACCAGUGACAUUGCACAGGAGAUUUUAUUAUUUUUUAUAUAUAUAUUUUGAAUGUAUUACAAACAAAGUGAACUUAAUUGUUUUUCCAUCAAAGUCCUGAUGUCAAAUAUUUUGUUGCAGCUUUUGAUUAAAGUGAUUAAAGAGACCAUUUUGAAA